AUGGCUACGCAGGAGAAAUGCGUCAUCAAGAUUCUGAAGCCAGUCAAAAAGAAGAAGAUCAAGCGAGAGAUAAGGAUCUUGCAGAACCUUUACGGCGGUCCGAACAUUGUGCGACUUCUAGAUGUUGUCAGAGACCCCCAGUCAAAGACUCCCAGCCUAAUAUUCGAGUACAUCAACAACACAGACUUCAAGCAACUUUAUCCCACCCUCACCGAUCACGACAUUCGAUACUACAUCUUUGAGAUCCUUCGGGCUCUCGACUACUGCCACUCCCAAGGAAUCAUGCACAGGGACGUUAAGCCGCACAACGUCAUGAUUGACCACGAGAACAGGAAACUGAGGCUGAUCGACUGGGGUCUAGCCGAAUUCUACCAUCCUAACCGAGAGUACAACGUUCGGGUCGCGUCCCGGUACUACAAGGGUCCAGAACUGCUGGUCGACCUACAGCUCUACGACUACUCUCUGGACAUUUGGAGUUUGGGCUGCAUGCUCGCUGGCAUGGUAUUCCGAAAGGAGCCUUUCUUCCAUGGCCAGGACAACUAUGACCAGCUGGUGAAAAUCGCCCGUGUUCUUGGUACAGAUGGCUUGUUUGCCUAUCUGGACAAGUACAAUCAGGAGUUGGACCCACACUUUGACCAUAUCCUGGGCAGGCACUCGAGAAAAGCCUGGUCCAAGUUCGUGACAUCUGAGAACCAGCAUCUUGUGAGUUUGGACGUGCUGGAUCUCAUAGACAGGAUGUUAGUCUAUGACCAUGCUCAGCGGAUCUUGCCCAAAGAAGCAAUGCAACAUCCCUACUUCGCGCAGAUUCGGGAGUCCAGCCCGAAGGCUGCAGCAGCUGCGUCUGAGAUGCCAAAGGCGUAG